GUUUUGCAUACUUCAACAUCGUAGAUUCGCUACACGAGACCUUUCCGGCCGCGCAGUCGUAAUGGCUUCCGAAGCCCGGCUCUACACAUUCUCCUCGGACACGAAAGAGAAGCUGCGAAAGUUUCGACUUGGAACGUCUCGAGCCAAAGAUCCGCAAGCAGUCAUCUACCAAAUCGACAAAAAGACCCUUGAGAUAAAGCCUGCCUCCGACGAGGUCUUUACCAAGUUGACGGACGUUUCCGAUGAGCUCCCCGACAACAACCCACGCUUCGUGCUCCUCUCAUAUCCCAUGACGCUGUCUAGCGGACGCAUGAGCGUUCCGUACGUCAUGUUGAAUUAUCUACCGGCGACGACGAAUCAGGAGACUAGGAUGCUGUACGCCGGCGCAAAAGAGCUCAUGCGUAACACGGCGGAGGUGAAUAAGAUCAUUGAGAUCACUGAGGCAGAGGAGGUUGAGGAUAUUGAGGAGAAGCUUAAGGGCGAAGAUUGAGUUUGAGUCGGAUGUAAAUACGGGGACGGAAAAGCACAUGUAUGCCGCAGAGCUCUGGUCAAGAUGGGCUUUGGGCUUAGAUGCACGCAGGAUGCAGAACACGACCGCAAUGACAUGUCAGAGGAAUGUCUUUCUUCUGUUUCUUGAUCAUACAGUACCAUUGAAAAUGGACCGAUCGUCCUCCGGAGAGACAAAGCCACCGUGAGCC